AGGCGACAUUCGCGACGAGUAACGAGAAGGUCACGUACGUGCGUCCGUAUGUCCGUCGCUUGGACUUGGUGUUCGCACUCUCGCAGUAACCACAGCAGCAGAACGUAUAGGUGAGCGACGACGAAUCGUCGACAUCAUCGUCGUCCUCAGCACCGCCGUCGUGUCGGUGUCGCGUUUUACCGGCGAGUAGUUGAAACCGGCGAAGGAACGAAUGCCCGUCGCGGAAGGAACGGGUGGCGGCGUGGCCAAAUGGCAACUUGCCCUGGUGGUCGGUGCGCCGGUUGCCCUAGGCCUCGGUUACAUGUACUACAAGAACAAUGUCCGCACUAGUAACCGGAGUACCAAACCGGAGACCAAACCGGAUCGUCAUGCCAAGUCCAAGGAGAACGGCGCGUCCACCGAUAAACAGAUCUCCAUCGACGGCGACGUCGACAGCAACCAAGUGCCUUCUUCUGCAGCCAAGCAACCCGAGACUCCUUUAGAAGAGGCGCAGAGAUACAAGAAGGAAGGAAAUACAUAUUUUAAAAUAGGAAAAUACGAUAAGGCCAUAGCUCAAUAUAAUAUGGCAAUUGAGAUUUGUCCAGUGCAAAAUGUGGAAGAAAUGGCGACAUUUUAUCAAAAUAGGGCAGCUGCAUAUGAACAAUUGGGGAAAUACGAUUCCGUGAAGAUGGACUGCACAAAAGCAAUAGAACUAAAACCAAGGUAUGUGAAAGCUUUAUUACGUCGGGCGCGUGCUUCGGAGCAAAUGGGAGAUCUGGAAUCUGCUUUGGAAGAUGUUACUGCCACAUGUAUCUAUGAAGGUUUUAGUAGUCAGAUGUCUCUUACAUUGGCAGAUAGGCUCUUGAAACAACUUGGGAAACAACACGUUCAGGAGAACUUGCAAAAUAAAAAGUUUAUAAUGCCAAGUAAACAUUUCAUCAAGACUUACAUGUUAUCUUUCCCUAAUGAUCCAGUGUUUUCUAGACUCCAGCUCCCAUUACCAGAAGACAUCCCCGAACUUUAUAGAAACCUUCUACAAGCAUUGAAAGACGAGAAGUACGAUGAUAUAAUAUCGUUAUGCACGGAUGCCAUCAACAGUCUCGAAGCUGAUGCAACAUCAUGUAAAUUUGAGAUAUUACUUUUACGAGCUACAUUUUAUCUUCUUUUGGGUAAACACUCUCUCGCGUUUGAAGACCUAGAUUUUAUAAUAAAUAGCGAAGACAUGCCUAAGAAUGUGAAAUUGAACGCUCUCAUAAAGAGAGCGACCUUAUAUAUGCAACUUGAGGAUCCAGAAAAGGCUGUAAAAGGCUUUGAAGAAGCUAUGAUGAUGGAUGAAACUUAUAGUGAUAUUUAUCAGCAUAGCGGACAGACGAAUUUGGUCUUGAAUCGUGUAGACGAAGCUAAGCGCGAUUUUGAGAAGGCGGUGCGUUACAAUCCAAACUACAGUUCUGGUCACGUGCAGAAAUGCUACGCAGAUUACCGUCAUGCGACCUUCAAAAGAGAUAUAACCGCAUUGCAGAAUGCUGAAAAAUGCUUUAAGGAGACUUUGGAGAAAUACCCAGAUCACCCCGAAGGUUAUAUGUUGUAUGGACAGAUUAUGUCUGAGAGUCAAGAUUUUGAAAAGGCGGAUGAAUACUUUGCUAAAGUGUUAGAAUUGGACCCGUUGGAUGCGAACGUGUACGUACACAGAGGUUUACUGCAAUUGCAAUGGCACGGUAACACCAGCUCAGGAAUCGAUAGAGCUGUGGAGUACAUUCACAAGGCGUUAGAAAUAGAUGAGAAAUGCGAGGUUGGAUAUGAAACAUUAGGAAGUAUCGAAGUGCAAAGAGGCAACUUGGAAGAAGCGAUAAAAUUGUUCGAUAAGGCUUUGGAAUUAUGUCGUACGUCCUUAGAACUCACACAUCUAUACAGCCUGAGAAAUGCUACAAAGACGCAACUUAUCUUAAAAAGAAAAUUAGGAUUGGACAUCAAAGACGUACCGAACGUACACUAAAGUAUCAAAAAAUUGUCAAUAAAGAAAUGCACUUUAACCAAAUCUGGAAGAUUAAAUUUUAUAUUAGCAUGUUAACGUGACAUCCAUGUAUCCGAGAAAUCGAGAGGGAUAUUUUGCCCUGUGUUAUUUCUUGUUGUAUAGGACAUACGGACGAUAAAGUACUUUAUUCCUAA